CGUCGCCAUGUUUGCCGUUUGCCUGCGGUGAUUGGAGUAAAGCAAUAGUGCAGUCCCGACCUCCCAAGCCCAAGAGCAGCUCGUCUUUACCGCCAGACGUCGCCGCAGCCUUAUACUAGACCCAACAUGCCCCCCCACCCCCCCUGUGUGUGAUGGAGAUCUAAGGGUAAGGAGAGGAUGUUCUGCCACGACAGGCUCGUAACACGUCUACGGUCGUUCCGGGGGAAACAUGGAUGGGGGCAACAGAAAACAGGGGAGGAUAAGAAGCAAGGGAGGGAUAGAGGAAACCAGGGGGGGGGGGGGGGGGGGGGUCUGGAUAGACAUAGACCCAGUGAAAUGUUCCGAUAACCGUCGAGCAUUAACAGAUUACGGGACUAUUAACAGAGGAGAGAGAGGGGAGGAGAGAGUUGAGGCUCGCAGGAGCAAAUCCACUAGGGAGGGCCGUCCUGCAUGCGAUGUUAUCACCCACCCGAGUUGUGAUUCUCGAAUAGAAGACGUAACCCGAGAGGGCCCAUUGCGCCGUCCCAUCGUCCCGUCAGAAGGAAUCGUCAGCGGCAGGACGCUCGCGACGAUGAUGAGUACUGCAGACGCAGGAGACAGACGUCUGUCUGGUACUGUGCGGUCGUUUCGGCGCAAAGGCUGCCAACAAUUGGCAGGAGAAGUCCCUCCCCAUCAUGUUUUCUUCAUCGUUGCGUACCUUGAGAGACCUUUCGAGGCGACUGCCGCCUUGGUCUCGUGUCCGUGCCCCCUGUCACCAAAAAGCACGAGCGUGGCAUGUUUCCUGCUGCGUGACAAACAUUCGUCACCGCAGAGCCAGGUUCGGGGGGCGUUUUAACCGUGUCUCCAUCUCCAGAGACCAGCUGUCUGUAACACUGUGGCCUUUCGGCAGUUGCAAUGGGAAUGAGGUCGACUGAUGCGGGAUGCUCUGAGUGACGGGUUGUUGAGUUGCG